AAGUCAGUUCUUUCUUUGCAGUGAGUCUACCAGCGUCUUGGUCCAUAUCGACGGAUCAAGGUCUGUGUCUAUUAACCAGAGCGUGCGUGUGUAUCGGAGUAAAGGCUUCUAGGAAGCAGUUUACCAAACAGCGAAACCUCUAGGAGAGUUAAAUUAAAAGGAAAAGAAACAGGAAACAACCAUGUUCAGAUUUAUUUUGGUAUCAGCGUUGCUAGUGGCCGCCAACGCGCAGUACAAUGGUGGAUACAACCGUGACCCAAAGACUGCUGCGAUCCUGAGCGAACAGCGCUACCUUUCCGGUGAUGGAAAGUUUGGCGCUGCUUACGAUCAGGAGGACGGAACUAACUUCAAGGAAGAAACCGAUGCCGAUGGCAACCGUCGUGGAUCCUACAGCUACGUUGAUCCUUCUGGACAAAGAAGAACUAUCUCCUACGUCGCUGGCAAGAAUGGCUUCCAAGCUUCAGGCGAUCAUCUGCCAGUAGCCCCACCAGCUCCAGCCCAUGCUGCUGCUCCUCAGCCUCAGUAUCAACCUCAGCCACAGUACCAGGCCCAGCCACAAUAUCAACCACAGCCACAGUACAACGCUCGCAACUACGAAAACCAGGGUUACGAUGAUGGUCAGUACGACCCACGCUGGAACGAUCCAUCUUUCAGCGAACAGAACACCCGCUCCGCCCCAGCUCCAGCCCCAGCACCAGCUCCAGUCCACAACUAUCAUCAUCAGCCAGCCCCAGCGCCAGCUCCUGCCCCUGCUGCUCCUCAGUACAACCAUUACAACCAUGCCCCAGCUGCCCCACAACACCAGGAGUGGACCACCCAGGCUCCACACCGAUUCCAGCCACCAGGCAAACUGCAGCUGAACAGAACCCCAGAUGGUUUCAGCUACAGCUUCAACAAAGUCUAAGUUAUUGAUUUUCAUAGCAAGUCAAAGCGAGUGUGAUUGAGAGUGAGAAAGAACGUGAUGCUACAGAACCUCCAACGAAUUCCCUUCUCCCCCUCACUGAUAUUCCUCUGUAGCUUAUCGUCCCCCAAAACCCUAGCGUGUUCUGUUCACUGUUUGUUAUAGUAGUCGAGUAGAAGUUACUGCCUGUUGUGAUAUAAGUACGUAGGAGAGACCUAAUGGAUAAAUAAUAACUACACUGUCCUAGUUAGAUCUUAUUGAAAUGAACUCACUUUUUCAAUUUGUGUAUCAAAAGAAUCCGACUGUUGGAAAAUUUCUAAUGUAUUCAAGAUUGAAAAAAAAAACGAUAAUAAUUCAUACAAGUCAA